GUGCACGCCCAGACGAAAACACGGAAGCUCCACAUUAGACGACAUCACCUCGCUGUAAUCUCUUCUCAAAACUUGUUUAUGAGGGGAAAGAAACGGUCCUGCGUCUUAUCUGGAGAAAUAGUUUAGUGUUUUUCUGCUGUAAAUGAUCGGUUAUAUGUCUGCUGUGUGGAUAAUGCUUCUGUAGCCGUGGUAAUAGUACUUCUUCUUCUCUGAAAACUAACUAGUAGUAGCUGAAUAAGAUGCCAGCUCGCAGCGUUGUAUCAAACGACAGCCCCAACAACAAAGUCAGGUAUUCUAGGUUAGCCAGUGAUGAUGACGGCUACAUUGACUUACAGUUCAAAAAGCCCCCGCCCAAAGUCCCAUACAAAGCCAUAGCACUAGCAACAGUCCUCUUUUUAAUCGGCUCUCUGUUAAUCAUCAUUGGCGCCCUUCUCCUGGCUGGAUACUUUGGAGUCACACACUCAGACCGAACGGUUCCUGUCCUAAUCAUCGGGAUCCUUGUCUUCCUGCCUGGAAUUUACCACCUACGGAUAGCUUACUAUGCAUCAAAAGGCUACCAUGGCUACUCCUAUGAUGACAUCCCAGACUUUGAUGACUGAUAGCCACAGUCUUCCUGUUCUUACAUGAAGUCGUUAUAACUAGCCUGUUCGAAAUUGCAGACAUGGAUAUUUAAAACAAUGGAUUGAAUAGAUUCUGUGAAUUGCUUUAAACCAAAUCUGAAGGAUUUUUUAAGUAUGUUCAGGGUUACAGAUAAUGUGUUGAUAGUGAUGCCUACCUGAUGUUAUUAAGUGAAUUUAUUUCAGACUUUGAUUUGUACAUUUGCUUUGAUAGCUUGAUCAAUUAAUUAAAAUGCAGAUAUAAGAUUCUCUUAUUUGUAUUCUAUGAUUUUUAAUUGUUUAGAUUAUCUUUACUCAGUCAGACCACACAUGUUUUUGGUAGAUAGCAGAUCAUAUAAAAAGGUUAUUAAUAGUUUGUUGGCGUUAUGAUCAGUAUACUGUAUAACACUGAUGCAUUCACCCUCCAUUUAAUUCUUCCUCACUGUGCCGUCGUUCUUUCGCUGAGGAUUUUAUGUGAUUAAUUCCAAUCCUUUGAUCUCCAUAUGGUGCACCUCGCCUGCGAGAGUAAACAUUGUCAAACAGGGAGGUGCACACGCAAUUUAGAUGUGACAUCAUGUUAACCUGCGUCAAAAAGCUUCCAUCCUUUUAACCAGUGACAUCAACUUGUCAAUUUCAACAGAAUUUCAAAGUGUGCUAGUGAAAUGCAAAGCUACCCCCUCCAUUUCCAAUGCAGGAAAAUGGAAAACACUCUGAGCAAGGAUUCCUCUCCCCUCCGAACAGCUGAGUUAGUAGGAAUAAUGAACAAUCUAUGUAUCAAUCUUUUGUUCCUCUUGCUAGUAAAUGUGUCUGCUAAAUCAGUAACCACUCACCUAGUUUUAGCAAUAACAGAUCAAAUGCCAAAUGUCAGCACUGAUUUUUUUUUCCAGAGCUUCAUGCUCUUUCAGGAGCAACCCACAAUUAAAAUCAGACAAAAUCA